AUGGGGAAAUACAUGAGGAAAUCUAAACUCUCAGAUGAAGUUGCCGUGAUGGAAGUUUCACAGACUCUGGGUGUCCGUACCCGGGCUAAAACUUUAGCCCUCCAACGCCUUCAAUCCAAUCUCUCUGAUUCUGACCCGUCUUGUUACCUUCAACUCCGCUCCCGGCGGCUUGUGAAAGCCUUGAAUUUGAAGUCAGAGUGUAAUAAAUUUAAUUUCGGUGGAGGGAAUUGUUUGGAAAGUUCCCAAAUUAAGGAUGAUCCCAAAACGAGUUCUGUUGUCAGAGGGACAGAUUCUGUGAAUUCGGGCCGGAGUUCUUCGGGCCCGAUCACCCCGAUAGAGAAAGAAAGUGGUUGUUCUGCCGGCCGGGUGGCCGAUAAAACCAGGGUUGAGUGUGAUUUGGGUGUGGAAGCUUCUUUUGGAGAAAAUAAUUUGGAUUUUGAACCCAGAGAGAGGAGCACCAGGGAAAGUACACCUUGUAGCUUGAUAAGGGAUGCGGAUAUCACCACCCCAGGGUCUUCUACAAGGCGAACGACCGAAAGUGCCGCGGAUGGAACCAGCCGAAGUGCACUUGUCACAAAUGCGCCUUCAACAGCUGAGAUAGAGGCAUUCUUUGCCCGUAUAGAGCAGCAACAGCAGCGGCAAUUCAUUGACAAGUAUAACUUUGAUAUCGCUAACGACGUGCCUUUAACUGGUCGUUAUGAAUGGGUGCGAGUAAACAACUAA